AACUCUUUAUAAAUAAUCUAACAAUGACAGUUCUCUAACGUGUCAUUUACUGAUAUUAUGCAACGUUUAGCACAAAAAAUGGCAGCAGAUAAUACAGGAAACAAAGAUGAAAAGAAUCUUCGCUUAUUAGUAGUAUCCAACAGAUUACCUGUUACCGUCAGUAAGAAUAAAGAUAGUGGAAGAUAUGAAUUCAAAAUGUCUUCUGGUGGUUUGGUUGCUGCUUUGAGUGGUUUGAAAAAGAUGAUGUCUUUCACUUGGAUUGGUUGGCCAGGUUUGGAUGUUCCUGCUGAUGAAAAGAAAGAUCUUGAAGAUAGAUUGCUCAAAGAAACCUCUACCAUGCCUGUCUUUGUCGAUAAUGAAUUGGCCGAUUUGCAUUAUAAUGGUUUCUCCAACAGUAUUCUUUGGCCUCUCUUCCAUUAUCAUCCAGGGGAAAUCUCUUUCAAUGAAGAAUGGUGGGAUGCUUACCAAAGAGUAAACACUUUGUUUGCCGAAGCUAUUGACAGAAUUGUUGAAGAUGGUGACCUUGUCUGGAUUCAAGAUUAUCAUCUGAUGUUGCUUCCUAGUUUGCUCAGAAAGAUGACCAAGAAGAAUAUCAAGAUUGGUUGGUUUUUGCAUACGCCUUUUCCCAGUAGUGAAAUUUACAGAAUCUUGCCUGUUCGUAAAGAAAUCUUAUUGGGUGUUUUAGAAAGUGAUCUUCUUGGUUUCCAUACAUAUGACUAUGCUCGUCACUUCUUGUCUUCAUGUACUCGUAUAUUGGGACUAUCUACUAUGCCAAAUGGUGUGGAAUUUGAAGGAAGAUAUAUUCAUGUCGGAACUUUCCCUAUCGGUAUUGACCCCGAAAAGUUCACAGAUGCUCUAAAAGAAACAAAGAUUCAAAACCGUAUUCAGCAACUUAAACAAAGAUUUGGUGAUUGUAAAGUGAUUGUUGGUGUUGAUCGUCUCGAUUAUAUCAAGGGUGUGCCUCAAAAGAUGCACGCUAUGGAAGUUUUCUUGAGUCAACAUCCUGAGUGGGUCGGUAAGGUCGUCCUUGUGCAACUUGCUAUUCCUUCUCGUGAAGAUGUUGAAGAAUACCAGCAUUUGAGAAGCACUAUCAACGAGCUUGUGGGCCGUAUCAAUGGUCAAUAUGGUACUGUUGAAUUCGUUCCUAUCCAUUUCAUGCAUCGUUCCUUGCCAUUUGAUGAAUUAGUCGCGUUGUAUGCUGCCGCUGACGUGUGUCUUGUCUCUUCUACUCGUGACGGUAUGAAUUUGGUAUCUUAUGAAUACAUCUCUUCUCAGCAAGAAAAGCAUGGUGUCUUGAUCCUUUCUGAAUUUGCUGGUGCUGCUCAGUCGUUGAACGGUUCUAUUAUCGUCAACCCCUGGAACACUGAAGAAUUGGCUAACGCUAUUCAUGAAGCCGUCACAAUGCCCAACGAUCUUCGCAAAGCCAACCAUCAAAAGCUAUAUCGUUAUGUUACUAAAUACACCGCUGCUUAUUGGGGCGUCAGUUUCGUCAAUGAAUUGAGACGUGUCAGCGAAGAAUUUGGUCAACGUAUGUCUAUUCCUCAAUUAGAUACAAAGGUUGUCAUUCAAAAGUACCGAGAAGCCAAGAAGAAGAAGUUGAUCUUGUUGGAUUACGAUGGUACACUCACUACUACUCACAAGUUACCCGAAUUUGCCAAACCUUCUCGCACUGUAUUGGAUCAUUUGAAGACUUUGGCUGAACAACCUAAUACCUAUGUCUACAUCUUGUCUGGCCGUUCUCGUCAUCAUCUGGAUAGCUGGUUCGAUUCCACUGGCGUCGGUCUUUCUGCUGAACAUGGUUGCUUCUAUAAGCAUCCUGCCAACAUUAGAGAUAGCAUCAGUCCUGUAAACGCAUCGAAUGAAAACAAAUUGAUCAAGGAAGAAGACAAUAAAUGGUAUUGUCUCGUUGAACAAGUAGAUCCCAGUUGGAAGGAAACAAUUCGUCCUCUUUUCCAACAUUAUACAGAACGUACUCCUGGCUCUUUUAUUGAAGAAAAGGAAAUCAAUUUAACCUGGCAUUACCGUAACGCUGAUCCUGAAUUUGGUUCAUGGCAAGCUACAGAAUUGCAAGUCAAUCUAGAGAAACUGUUGAGUCAUAUGGCCCUUUCCAUUGUGCUUGGAAAUAAGACAUUGGAACUUCGUCCUUCUUCUAUUGAUAAAUCAACAGCUGUCCGUAAUAUUCUGAAAGACCUUGAUCUUUCAUCUAUUGACUUUAUUUUGUGUGUUGGAGACGGAAAGACGGAUGAGGUUGUAUUCUCUCUCUUAAAUGAAAUUCCUCAAGCCAUCACCAGCACCGUUGGCAAGAAACAAACUGAAGCACUUUAUUACAUUCCUACUGUCGACCAAGUCAAUAGCCUCAUUGAAUCUCUUGAGGAAAAAUCUUCCAAAUAAAAAAUAGACAGAUAAUAAACCCACUUUUUUCCCGUUAUUCUUCACUUCGAAUGCAAUAUUAUGUAUUAAAACCUCCCAUGAAAUACUAGUGUAUCAUCAUCCGAAUUGUAUAAAUAAAGUCAUUUGAAUUUUAAAAAAAAGAACAUUUGCUCUU